AUGAAAAAGAUUUUCACAGUAAUUGAUGAAGGACUGUCUUUGCAACAUUCUCACAGUGGUAACUCAAAUAUUGCAUUUUCUGUUACUUUCGUCACGAAUAAAAAACAUUAUGUACCCUCACGCUGUAUAUCGAAUUCCUCCGACUUUCAUGCUUUGUUCCGACAUACGUACGUUGCUCGUCGAUAGUACUCUUAUAGAAGCUCAAGCAAAUUCCAGCCGGCAUGGUAACUAAUUCCAUUCUUCGCGACAAACCAUCGAGUAAAAUAUUCGCGUCCGCGAGCAACGUCUGGUAUCCCAUUACAGAAAACGUGGAUCUAGUUUCGAAGCUAAAACGGCGAGAAAACAAGAUGCGAGCAAAUAAACGGCCGGUUGAUGAAGAAGAAGAAGAAGAAGUGAAGGGCGUGGCGAAGGAUGCCGGAUCUCGGAUCGAGGAAUCGCGUCUCCGAGUAUUCGGUGAACGGAUCCGCCUGUCCUUCGACGAUUCCGCGGGUUCCUGGUUCGAAGACACUGUCGGCGGCUCGUUCGUCCCCUCCGCUAUGUAUAUAAGUCAAAACCAGAUCGGAAGCAAGGUGCACAGCCCGAACAGUCCUUCGUCGAGCAAGGAGGUUCACACAAGGAAAAUACACUAA